AUGAGAAGCCAACUGGAAAAGCAGCUGCUCUUCUUCUCUCUUCUCUGCAUCCUUUCCAAGGUCUAUACUCAGCUCUGCCGGACACCAUGCUACUGCCCCUGGAUCCCACCCCGCUGCCCUCCCGGCGUCCCUCUGGUUCUGGACGGCUGCGGCUGCUGCAGGAUAUGCGCGCGACGCCUGGGAGAGCCCUGCAAUCACCUCAAUGUGUGUGAUCGGAGCCAGGGCCUCAUCUGUGAUUACAGUGAUGACCACCUGGGGAGAGGAGGAACCUGCAACUUUGAGGAGGAAGACGACAGCUGCGAGGUGAAUGGAAAGGUCUAUCGAGACGGUGAGGUGUUCCAGCCCAGCUGUAAGAUCCAGUGCCGCUGCUCAGAUGGAGGCUUCACCUGUGUACCCCUCUGCAGCGAGGAUGUCCGCCUGCCCACUCCGGACUGUCCCCAUCCGAGGCGUGUGGAGGUCCCAGGGAAGUGCUGUCAGGAAUGGAUCUGUGAGAGGCGAGACAGUCACUUCCUUCAGGAUGCCAAGCCAGUGCUUAGGCCACCUGGGACGGCAUCAGCAAGUUUUUCCUACCUCUGUGAAGAAUGGAGCACAGAGUGGAGUGCCUGCUCUGCAACCUGUGGCAUGGGGAUUUCGACACGGGUGUCAAACCAGAAUCGGUACUGCAGGCUCGAAACUCACCAACGUUUGUGCAUGCUCAGACCCUGCCAGGCUCUCCCAGGAACAUCUAAUACAAGGGCAAGAAGAGGUCGUUUGUAG